CCGGCCCAAUGGUUUUCGUUGCUCUCAGCGCCGUCCUUCGUAACAACGUGCGCGCAUCGCGGAAAACCCCUUUAGAUCCAUUGUAGGGUUUUUGUUCCACCCCAAAGGCAGCCUUAGAAGUGGGGGAGGGAGAAAGAGAGAUGGCGGAGAGGUCCAAGCAGUGGCUCUUGGUCGGAACGGGCGCUCUCUUGGGCUCCCUGUCCACCGUCGCUCUCAUCAAUCUCCUCUCCAGGUUUCUCUGAUCGCUGUUUGAUGAACUUUCAUCUCUUUGUUUGAAAAGUCGCCAUUGAUCGUCGAAUCCAGUAGUCUCAAAACAUUGAUUUCCCACUCCAAGAUUGCUUCUUUCUUCUUAUUUUUACUGGCUUCCUUGAAAUUUAGCCUCUCGACCUCACUUUCUAUCUCAUGAGACAAGAGUUUGGUAACUAGGAAAGGUUCCCAUAGGGAAUUCUCAGCAUUCGUCAAUGAUAGGAUAUCUAAAUUGAAUCUGUGUGUGAUGGGCUGGGAAGCGACAAGUAAAACGUCUUUUGACCGGCUGUUCAGUAAUUGCUGAUCGGAGUGGCAAAGAAAAAUUAUUUGGAAGUUGCGGAACCAGAUACAAUGGUGCACCAGAUGGUUUGGUUUAUUCAAACCUUUUAAAAGAUGAGGUGGUAUCUGAACAACUUACAAGGAACAUUCAGUUCUUUGGAAUGGAAUCACAGCAAAAAGUGACUGAAUCAUAUGUUGUAGUCAUCGGUCUUGGAGGAGUGGGUAGUCAUGCUGCUUCUAUGCUUUUGAGAUCUGGAGUUGGCAGGCUCCUCCUUGUGGACUUUGAUCAGGUGUCACUCUCAUCACUAAAUCGACAUGCUGUGGCCAUGAGAGAUGAUGUUGGGAUCCCAAAAGCUUUAUGCCUGCAAAAGCAUUUUUCAGCAAUAUUUCCAGAGUGCCGUAUAGAAGCAAGAGUGCAGUUGUAUGAUGCAUCAUCAGAGGAGGAAAUUCUUUCUGGCCAGCCUGAUUUUGUUCUUGAUUGCAUAGAUAACAUUGACACCAAGGUGGCACUUCUUGCUGCAUGUGUACGAAGAGGUUUGAGGGUGCUUUCUGCAAUGGGGGCAGGUGCCAGAGCUGAUCCAACACGAAUUCGUGUUGCAGAUUUAAGGGAAUCAAGCAUUGAUCCUCUCUCUCGAUCAGUAAGGCAUCGACUAAGAAAGGACUAUGGGAUAGAGGGUGGAAUACCUGUGGUUUUUUCGCUUGAAAAACCCAAGGUAAAACUUCUUCCAUUUAAAGGUUUAACCGGACAAGAAGAAAAUCCUUCAGAUUAUCAGAUAGUGCCAGGUUUCAGGGUUCGCAUCAUACCUGUUUUGGGAACUAUCCCUGCAAUUUUUGGGCAAGUAAUGGCCUCCUAUGUUGUAACUCAACUAGCGGGAUUGUGUGUUCAGACAGAACCAGUGGUCAAUUUGGAUCUAGAUCACUAUCGGAUUCUUCAUCAACGCCUUCUUGAGCAUGAGGAGUUAACAUAUGGCUCAGCCAUACAGGUUCUGGUAGAUGUUGAAGAAGUAAUGUAUGUUGUCAAAGAGUUAUGGCAUGGCCGAAGUGCGAGAGAUCACUCUAAGAAAGAUGUUGGUCGUAAAAUGUGGAGAUCUGUUAAUGAGUUGAUGCUUGUAAGUAAACAUGUAAGUCUUUUGGAGGACAUAAAAUCAUGCGGACAGAAGUAUACGAUAGAAUGGUUGCUGAAAAAACUGCUGAAACUCUUGUACCAUGCUUUAGAAGGAAGUUGUCACAAAAUAUCUUACAGGUGGGACAAAUCAAGACCAGCUACAGUCAAUAAUUUAAUACCUUUGAAAUUUACUGAGGCAGAGGCACAUGAAUCAACAACAGUUGACCGAAUAAAGGAAGAAGAACCUGAAUUCUACACAAUGGUUACCAGUGUUCUGAAGCGGGCAGAAGAGGAAUUUGCUUUAUGAUGAUACAGUUGUACCCUCAUGGAUUUGCUCUCUAUGGUAACCGUAGCUGACCUUUUUGGAUGCAAUGACAUGUUGUGCGCAAGUAUUUGUUUAUCAGAAAGAUGCUACUGUACCUUUUCCUACCCUGUUGAGGCAUAUAUCAAGGUAAGAAAAGUUAGAAGUGGUGCUUUAGAGUUUUUGCAUGAAGGUAUCGUUCAGCUAGUAGUUAACCAUGUUUACCAUGUGGUGCGAAAGUUUAGAGGGUGAUAUCUGUUUAUUAAAUUCAUUAAUUUUGUCAGUGUAAGAUGCUUUAUUGACAUCAACAAAAUGCGGAACCAAUCAGUCUGGCAGAUGAGAAUCUCUAAUCUUUAUUCAUCUUUGAGGAAAAAGAAAUUCACAUUUAAGAGAUAUCAAUCCGAUUAUGACCUCUGUUUCUUAUUGUAUCAUUAUUACGUGGAUAUCAUAUUAAUAAAUAUGCAUAACAAUUUGUAUGAAUUAGUAUGAAUUGUUCAUUUCAAUAUUAAUAACAAUCUUCAAGAAACACUUCUUCUGGGC